AUUCACCAAAACGCGGCCGUUUCCAUUAAUAAUCGUUGCGAAUGCAGGCAAGUUUGUAGCGAAAGUGCGACGAGCAGAGGGGGUGGGCAAGCCUAGCGGUGUAUUGUGGGAGAGACAGUAGCUAGAGACCAGAGGCACACAAUAUGUGCUGGCUCUCGCCGAAAAGGAGGCAGUAUUCUUCAAGCUAAAUCAUGUAAUGUAAGCGGCGAAAGGAGAGCGAAUUCGUCUUUUCGUCAAUUAAAAAAAGAAGCACUCGAUCGGACGAACCAUGUCCAAGCCGGGGGAGAGGAACAGACUUAACGAAGACCAUGGCAGAAAGCAGAGUUCAAGUCUGGCCAACGGCAUGGACAGCCAUCCCGUCUGCGGCUCGGCGGAGAAGCGGAGCCACCACUGGAGAAGUUACAAGUUGAUCAUCGACCCGGCGCUGAAGAUGGGCUCCCACAAGCUCUACCGCUACGACGGCCAGACCUUCAGCACGCCGAACCAGGGGAUGCCACCGGUGGACAUCGUCCGGGACCCGAGGAUCGGUCGCCUCUGGACUAAAUACAAGGAGACGGACCUGCCCGUGCCCAAGUUUAAGAUCGACAAGUGUUACAUCGGGCCGGUGCCCCCCAAGGAGGUGACGUUCGCCAGGCUGAACGACAACAUCAGGGAGGGAUUUCUCACCGACAUGUGCAAAAAGUUCGGAGAUAUCGAGGAGGUGGAGAUCCUGUACAAUCCGAAGAACAAGAAGCACCUGGGAAUAGCCAAAGUUGUGUUCGAAACUGUGAAGUCCGCCAAAGUGGCCGUUCAGUCGCUCCACAACACGUCUGUGAUGGGAAACAUCAUCCACGUGGAGCUGGAUCCCAAAGGUGAGAAUCGCCUGCGGUACUUCCAGCUCUUGAUGAAUGGCAGCUACACUCCACGGACGCUGCCGGUCGGUGGAGAGGAGUCCAGGGAAGUUUCCCCUCGGAGCCUGGCGGAAGCAUUGCUGGCCUGCGAGCCCAUCCGCAGGUUGUCGGAGAGCAGCCUGUCGGCUGUGGGUGGAGCGCUGCCGCCCAGCACCUCCACCACCCCGCUGAGCCUGGAGACGGGCUACUCCAGCCUGAGGCAGGACACGCCGCAGUCCCAGGGCACCCCGCACACGCCGCGCCAGCCCGGCACGCCCUUCUCCCAGGACUCCAACUUCUCCAGCCGGCAGUCCACCCCCGCCUAUCAGUCCAGCCGUCCCGAGAGCUCCGGGGGCUACAAGUCCCGCCGACACGAGAGCAAGUUCCAGGACGCGUACAACCGCCGGCCGGAGCGCCCCCAGUACCGCAGCAAGAUGUACCGCGGCACGCCGUCUGAGCAGGCCCCCUUCAAGCAGCACCAGCUCACCCCGCCCGAGCCCCCGCCCUCCACGCCCUCCUUCAACUACACCGCCCCUCCGCCCGCCACGCCCAACUUCAAGUCGGCCUUCUCCCCCUACCAGCCGCCGUUCCCCCCGUCGGAGCCGGCGUUCCAUCACCCGGCCCAACGGGAGGGCGAGUACCUCCGGCCGCCGCAGCCCCCGCCGGCCGCCGCCACCGACUUUUUGCCCGAGCGCCCCGAAACCCCCCCGAUCCCGGAGCCUCCGCCGGAACCCCUUCCCCACCCGAGCACCCCGCCGCCCCAGACGCCGGAGGGCUGCCCCUCCCCCGGCUCGCCGGCGCUGGACCCCGAGCGCAACAGCCUGGACUCGCGCAUCGAAAUGCUCCUCAAGGAAAAAAGGACAAAGCUGCUGCCCUUCCUGGAGGAGCGGGACUCGGACAACGAGGUGCGAAUGGAGGGGAGCCCCAUCUCCUCCUCGUCCUCUCAGCUGUCCCCCAUCCCGCCCUACACCGGCGGCUCUCAGGGGGGGCAGCUGAACUCGCGGCCCGGGAGCACCGGCCUGGAGGACAUCAGCCCGACGCCGCUGCCCGACUCCGACGACGAGGAGCCGGUCCCCGGAACGGCCUCGCUGCUCAAGAGAGCCGGCUCCCCGGCCCCCGAGAAGACCAGCAACAGUGACCUCAAAGACGGAGCGUUUGGAGGCCAGACGCCCCCUGAGACGGCUCCUCAGUCUUCGGGAGAAGACAUGGAAAUGUCCGAGGACGAGAUGCCCGGAGCUUCUAUAACCAGCGGAGACUGCGGCAAGGGCAUCGUGGUCAACUCGGCCUUGUCCCCGAUGCACAGCAUGGCCAUCCACGCGCCCGGGUACCACCCCCUGCAGCACCAGGCCGGCUUCCCCAUCGCACAUCACCACCUGGCCCCUCACUCUGCCGUGCCGGGGCACCCGGCCCACAUGGCCGCUCACCCAGGGGUGCACCCCCAUAUGCUGGCCCCCAUGGGCCACUACCCACCGGGCAUGAUGUCGCUGAUGCAGAUGGAGCUGAUGAACUGCUUGCGGUGGGAGCAGUGGAGCACCGUCCCCAUGUCCUUCCAGAUGCAGCAGCAGAUGCUGAGUCGCAUGGCCCAGACCCGGGGGCCCUACCCCUACCAUUUCAUGGACGGCGGCGCCUACGGGGGGGCGUACGCCCCUCUUUCUCUGGGCGCCACGCCCACCAACAGUACGGGAGCGUCUGGACAGCAGUGGCAGAAUCCCAGCGUACCAAAGUUCAACCCCACCGUCCCCCCCCCCGGGUAUGACUCUAAGAAAGAGGAUCCCCAUAAGGCCACUGUUGAUGGUGUGCUGCUGGUCAUCGUCAAAGAGCUGAAGGCCAUCAUGAAGAGGGACCUCAACCGCAAAAUGGUGGAGGUGGUGGCUUUCAGGGCUUUCGAUGAGUGGUGGGAGAAGAAAGAACAUUCCGCAAAGGUGUCACUGACUCCAGUGAAGGGUGCUGAGGGCAAAGAAGAAGAAAGACCCAAACCCAAAGAGAUGAUCGGCUCCAGUUUGCUGGAGAACUGGAACAAGGUUGAAGGGCUUGGCUACGAGGGAAUGGGUCUCGGAAUCGGUUUGCGCGGAGCCAUCCGCUUACCCUCCUUCAAGGUGAAAAGGAAAGACCCGCCUGAGUCCGCAGUGACAGGCGACAACAAACGGGCCAGGCCUUCCACCCCGGUGGACGAUGAGCUGGAGGAUGAAGAUCGGGACCGAGACCCAACUGAGCUCCCCUCGGAUGAUUCCAAAAUGGAUGCCGACGGCCUGUCGUCAAAGCGACGGCACGCUCGGCCACUUGAGCUGGACAGUGAGGGGGAGGAGGAGGCGGACACCUCGGGGAAGGAGGAGUCGUCGUUGUCCGACAGGGAGGAAGAGGAGGCCGAAGAAGCGAAGGCGACCGAGAGGCUGUCGGCCGGCAAGGCGAGCGGCGACGAGGACGGGGAUGAUGAAGAUGAGGGAGACACGUCCAGCGGCAGUGCGUCCUCCGAUUCAUCGGACGACGAGGCUGAAAGUUCAGCUUCCUCCAAGGCCAGCUCAGAGUCCUCAGCAGGGAGCUCCGACUCGUCGCCCGAGAGCUCGGAUUCGGAUUUCUCCGAAUACGAGCUAAGCUCAGAAGACGAGGACGACGACCGGGAGUCGGUGGGAGGUGUAAAGGGUGGCAAGAAGGCCGACACCUCCUCCUCCUCCUCUUCUUCUUCCUCGUCCUCGUCGUCCGAAGAGGAGGUCGACCGCGCGGACACCAAGCCAUCGAGUCCUCCCACAGGACCGGUCAGGGAGCUUAAGGAGGAGGUCGGGGAGAGAGCGGAGCCAAGCGGCAAGCCCAAACGAAGACCCCCCAGUCCAAAGGAGGAGCCCACAGAAGACCCCAAGCCUCCGUCGCCCAGAGGUGCCCCAGUCAUAGAGCGAGACAUCCGCGUGGACGGUAAGGUCACUGCUGUGAAGUCUGAACCUCUGGAGCCUGUAGCAAGCCUCCGCCCGCCCACUCCCACUGGCUCCCUGCCAGACAGUGACCAGGAGGCCAAAGCCAAAGGUAAAGCGGAACCCGAGGAAGCGCCCUGCACCCCUGGUCGACUCGCUCCGUCCCUCUCAGAUCCGAACGCGUCGGCCCCCAAAACCUCUUUAAUGCACCUCCCUCUCCCUCCUCACCCCACAGUAGAAGGUCGCUCCCUCCUCCACCCACCCCCAGGUCCCCUCCCCGACUUCCCUCAGCGGCCCCGGCUCCCCACGGACGAGGAUAUCCCGCGCACGCCGGGCAGGGACCUGCUGGAGCGCGCCCGGAGUCUCAAAUCCCAGAGCACCGACACCAUGCCCAUCACCCCCGGUAGUGAUGCCCCCCUGACAGGUAGUAGUCUGCUGCUUAGCUCCCCCCACAUCCCCGGCAGUCCCUUCUCCUAUCCCGCACAGUCCCCCGUGCUUAGCGCUGGAGUCCCUCGGACUCCGGGGAGAGACUUAACAUUCACCCCUGUCUUCCCUGACCCCACAGCACUGACAUUUAAUAGGAAAAUCUCCUCUGAGAGUUUGGAUGACAGACCAGUUUUUAAGGAGCCCCCCAUCCACGCCCCGCCUAACCAGACCCUGUCAGCCAGCGCUGAGCUCCCAGCCAGCCUCGCUGAAGAUCUGCCCGCUGGUCUCUCUAUAGAUAUCCCCGUGCCGUCAGACAGCACUCCUUCAAAGAAAAAGGCCGGGCGGCCCAAAGGCAAAAAGACGCUGGCUGUCUCUGCCACCGACGAGUCCUCAGAGCUCUCCUCUGAGUCGGCGCCUCCUCCUCACGAAGCGCACCCGGGAGACCUGUCCACGCAGACGCCGGCCGCCAAGUCUCCCCAACACCCCGGCCUGGACUUCCGGGAAGCAGAGGCGGAGCCUCAGACCGUGCUGCCGCCCGACCGCAGCUUCCCGUCCUACAAAAAGGAGCCGGCGGCGGCCAUGAAGCCGGCCCGGCGGACACGGCGCGGCUGGGAGGAGAUGCUGCUGGGCAGCCUGUCCCCCGUCGCCACCUCGCCCCAGGCCUACUUCUCCCCCCGCUCCGACUUCGAGGAGAUGACCAUCCUGUACGACAUCUGGAACGAGGGCAUCGACGAGGAGGACAUCCGGCUCCUGCAGAUCACCUACGACAAGAUGCUCCAGCAGGACAACGGCAACGACUGGCUCAACGACACACUCUGGGUCAACCAUCCUCCUACCCACAUCCCCGGAGUCAAGAAGAAGAGGAGAGACGACGGCAUGAGGGAUCACAUGACCGGCUGCGCACGGAGCGAAGGAUACUACAAAAUCGACAAGAAGGACAAGAUCAAGUACCUGCAGAGCACGCGGCUGCAGUACGAGGAGCCGCCCAUGGACACUCAGGGUAUGAGCAUCCCGGCGCAGGUGCACGCCUCCACCCGGGCGGGAUCGGAGCGGCGCUCGGAGCAGCGGCGCCUGCUGUCCUCCUUCGCCUGCGACAGCGACCUGCUGAAGUUCAACCAGCUGAAGUUCCGCAAGAAGAAGAUCAGGUUCUGCAAAUCGCACAUCCACGAGUGGGGCCUGUUCGCCCAGGAGCCGAUAGCCGCAGAUGAAAUGGUCAUCGAGUACGUGGGACAGAACAUCAGACAGAAAACCCCCAAGGGGUUUUACAGAGAGCUGGGGAUGAAAUUGGGCGUUUGUGGAUCCAGAGGCCAGCGAGUUUCCGCGGCUGACCCGGCUGACGCUGUCCCCUCACAGGUGAUCGCGGACAUGCGGGAGAAGCGCUACGAGGAGGAGGGCAUCGGCAGCAGCUACAUGUUCCGGGUGGACCACGACACCAUCAUCGACGCCACCAAGUGUGGCAACUUUGCCCGCUUCAUCAACCACAGCUGCAACCCCAACUGUUACGCAAAGGUCAUCACAGUGGAGGCGCAGAAGAAGAUCGUGAUCUACUCCAGGCAGCCCAUCAACGUCAACGAGGAGAUCACCUACGACUACAAGUUCCCCAUCGAGGACGAGAAGAUCCCCUGUCUGUGUGGGGCCGAGAACUGCCGGGGGACGCUCAACUAACGUCCAGCCC